AUGAACAGGCUUCCUCAAGAAAUCAUCGACCACGUCGCCUGGUGGCUGCCGCUGCCUGAAGAAAUCCACUGCCGCAAUGGGAUGCCCUCGUCGCCAAUCCGACCCAGCAUCGCAAGCGUGUCGGAGAAGUUUCGGCAUGCCUUCGAGAGGCUCACCUUCCACGAGCUUCACAUCAAGACUUCGGAGCUCGAAAAGUUCGACGAGAUGUUUUCGGGCGCCGGAUCGUACCGCCGACGAUUCCUCACACGCCUCAACGUCGUCGUCGUCCUUCCCGAGUACGGUGACCACAAGGUCCCCACAUACGAGUUCGCUGUCGACAGAUACGCGAACAAUUAUGCUGCGACUAGAGGCAUGCACCAACUUCUCUACGUCCUCUCCGGCUGGGAGUCGGACCUUCGCCUUGAGUUGACCCCCGAGGCCCAAUCGCCCUCGGACUCAGGAGCUCUCACCAGCAAGCAAUGUUAUCAGCGAUGGAAGGAAAUCGAACAAGGAAAACGUCACGGCUUGGGCCACGAACGAUACGAGUACUCAAUGACUGAGAUUUUUGAUGUCGACAAGAUGCCGCGAUGCGGCGCCAGCUGA